AGGGUUGAGAUAACUGAGCGGUGGACACGAGGGUUCUCUUAUCUCACCCGCUGUGAUUAAACAUGAAGGAUCGCAUGCAAGAACUCAGAGUGGGAAACGCUCCAGAGGAGAACACUCACGUGCCUGUUCAUAUUGACAUGGAUGAGUUCUUUGAACAGACAUCCCAGACUAUGAUGACCUGCCUCUCCACAGUAGAAACAUAUGCGUUGCCUACUACGCCUCUCUCGUUCCUCCUUGGAGAGUCUUGAGACACUGAGUUACAUGGGUUCCUCAUGCUUACUAAACUGGAAAUGGUGGAAGAGAUUCAAGGAUUCAUCAACUCGCUGGCUGAGAAAGUAGAAGAAAUCAAGAGAAAACACACCACCAUUCUGGCAUCUGCAACUCCGGACGAGAAAACAAAAGCUGAACUAGAGGAGCUGAUGACAGACAUCAAGACGCUGGCUAAUAAAGUACACUUCAAGUUAAAGAUUAUGCAACAGAGUGUAGAGCAGGAGGAGACCGUGAAUGUGAGGAUACGUGAAACACAGCACUCCACCCUGUCACGGAAAUUUGUUGAAGUGAUGUGCGAGUAUAAUGCCACGCAGUCAGACUACAGGGAGCGCUGUAAAGGACGGAUCCAGAGACAGCUGGAGAUCACGGGACGAAAUACAAACGAUGUGGAGCUGGAGAGCAUGUUGGAAAGUGACAAUCCAUCCGUCUUCACGUCAGGGGUCAUCAUAGAGUCCAGUGUGACUGAAGAGGCUGUGAAGGAGAUGAAGAUGAGACACAGUCAGAUCAUCCGGCUGGAGAAAAGUCUGCGAGAGCUGCACGACAUGUUCAUGGAUAUGAUGAUGCUGGUUGAGAGUCAGGGCGAGUUAAUGAAUAAUAUAGAGAAGAAUGUAUGCAGUGCUCAGGAUUAUGUGUUGAAAGCCAAAGAAGAAACCAAAGCAGCAGUGAAAAUGAAGAAGACAAACAGGACGAAAUUGAUGCUGAUAGGGGCUUGUGUGGCUGUUUGUCUAAUCACCGUCAUCAUCGCAUUAGCCAUUGGACUGAGCUAAGCAGCAGUUCUUCUUCAGCCAUUCCAACAUAUUCUUCCAUACAUGAAGGAACCAUUUACAAUCUUUUGCAUUUUAUUCAGUAUGUUUACAGUUUACCUGAUCUUUGGUAUGUGAGCUAUGUGCUAUCAAUAUCAGCUUCACUUGAUUUUUCAUGUAUCCUGUGUUUUACAAUUUACAAAGCACUUUUGAUUCAGUUUGCUGCUUUACAGUUUUCAUUGUUGCAAAUCAGAUUAACAUACAUUAGAAUUAAAAUGACAGAUGAAGAAUCAAAUAAAGACAAAAUAUGGUAUAAAAUACAAAAGGUAUUAUUCUACA